CUCUGAUAACAAGUUGUGGCUGUAUUUUUUCGGCUUCUUUUUCUCUUUUUCUCACACAUUUGCUCAAAUAAAACUUGUUGGAACCAUGCCGCCUGCAACAGCACCCGCAAUAGCAAAGGAGGAAGAGAGUAAUGGCGUUCAUGCUAUCCUCUUGGGGCCACCCGGCUCAGGUAAAGGUACCCAGGCACCAAUGAUGGCAGAGAAAUUCUGUGUUUGUCACUUAUCAACAGGUGAUAUGUUAAGAGCUGUAGUAGCAUCAGGUAAUGCUCUCGGUAAACGAGUAAAGAAAGUAAUGGACGCUGGUCAGUUAGUCUCAGAUGAUCUGGUUGUAGAAAUGAUAGAUCUUAAUUUAAAUAAACCAACUUGUAGAAAUGGUUUUCUAUUGGAUGGUUUCCCUAGAACUGUAGCUCAGGCUGAAGCUUUAGAUAGAUUACUAGAGAGAAGAAGAACAUCGUUAGAUGGAGUGAUAGAGUUUGCUAUAGAUGAUGGGUUAUUAGUUCGUCGUAUAACUGGUAGACUAGUACAUCCAGGCAGUGGACGAAGUUACCACACAGAAUUUAAUCCUCCUAAAGCCCCCAUGAAAGAUGAUGUAACUGGUGAAUCAUUAAUUAAAAGAUCAGAUGAUAAUGAAGAGGCCUUAAAGAAAAGAUUAGAAUCCUACCAUAGACAAACUAAACCUCUAGUAGAUUAUUACAGUAAAAAAGGUCUUCAUGUAGCCGUGGAUGCCUCACAGCCUCCUAAAAUAGUUUUCGCUGCUAUUUGUGCUGCCUUUUCAGCCUCAGGCACUGGAAGAAUAGCAGCAUCUAAAUAA